UAAUAAUUAUGCUCCUUCGCAUUCAUGCUCAUUCGAUUACAACAUAUAAGCAAAAGUUGAUUAUUUUCAUUACUUUUUUUUUUGGCAUUAGCCCUCAGGUUCCCGGGGAAAGGGGCCCCGAUAAUUUAAAAUUCGGCCGUAAGGUCAGGAAGCCUGACAAAAAAUUGUUUCUAACAUGAAUCGUUUUAUAUAUUGUGGAAAUCAAAUUUCACUUUUUUAUAGGGCCAUUCUAUUUUCAAUAUAUUCAAUGAUAUCAUAUAAAAGGAUUUGGAUUGGAUGUAGUUAGCACCCAUGACUGCACAAUUUGGGAUUAAACAUGAAACACUGAAAAAAGUUACAACCCAAUUUGCAUGAAAGUCACUCACUUGUUUUAAUUAUUUGAUCUUAAAGAAAAUAAGACCAUAAAUAAAUAAACUUUUUUAAGAAUUGAUUUCGUCGGCACUUACCGAUUCGAAUCCAAUCCAACACACAUUCAUUCUUAAUUUUGAAGGUGUAGUUACAAAUUUAUUGAGAGAUUAUUUAUUGAUCACGCAUACAGAGAGAAAUGUUGGUGUUUCGAGCAAGACCCAUUGGCCAAGUUGAAGUUUUUACUCGAACUUGUAUAUCGAGAUGGUCAACUGUAUUUCAUUAUUGUUAUUCAGAUACUCCUCAUAAAAAGUCUAAGCUUGCUCCUUUGCAGGAGAGAAGAAUGAUUGAUAAGAUUAAGAUAUUUGCAAAAGCAGGAGAUGGUGGUCAUGGUUGCACCAGCCUUCGCCGCAGUCGACAUGAGAGCAAGGGUGUACCUGAUGGUGGCAGUGGUGGGGUAGGCGGUGAUGUAAUUCUGGAAUGCUCUCGUAGAGUUUGGGACUUCAGUGGUCUGCAGCGUCAUCUAAUGGCAGGGAAAGGAGGACAUGGAUCAUCAAAAAAUAAGAUAGGAACCAGGGGUGCUGAUAAGGUUGUUCGUGUACCGAUUGGCACUGUACUUCAUCUUGUUAGUGGUGAUAUUCCUUCAGUGGUAAAAAAAAUUCAAUCCUCGGCGGAUUUAGACCCUUGGGAGGUUCCUGGUACACUUGUUGAUGAUCAAUCGGAUCCUCGCGACGGUUCUCUCUCCAAUGUUACAAUGCAGGAAAAAGCCAAUGCAAUAAAUCCUACUGGCUGCUCUUCAUCCCAAGCUACUGAAGCAAAUGUUGAGAAAUCUAUAAAAUCUACACAUAAUGCAUCAACAGAUGUAUUUUCUCAACUUUCCUCUUGUAAUGGAACUCCUGAAUUUGAUACAGAGGAUAUAGGAGAGAAACAAGAGAUACUAAACAAUGUUGCCGAAUUAACAGAAGAAGGUCAACAGAUUAUUGUUGCUCGUGGAGGAGAGGGUGGUCUCGGCAAUGUGUCUAAUCACAAGGAUUCAAGGAAGCCUACGACUACGCAGGCAGGGGUUGGUCAACAAAUAACCAAUAUUCCAGCCCCUGACAGUGUUAACUCCUCCUUAAGUGCAGGUUUGCCUGGUUCUGAGACUGUUCUUAUAUUAGAACUCAAGUGUAUUGCUGAUGUUAGCUUUGUGGGAAUGCCUAAUGCUGGUAAAAGCACUUUACUUGGAGCUAUAUCAAGAGCUAAGCCUGCUGUUGGUCACUAUGCGUUCACUACUCUUAGGCCAAAUUUAGGGAAUAUGAACUAUGAUGAUAUGUCGAUAACCGUGGCUGAUAUUCCUGGACUAAUAAAGGGUGCACACCAAAAUCGUGGACUUGGACAUGCAUUUCUGCGCCACAUAGAGCGCACAAAGGUUCUGGCUUAUGUGGUAGACGUGGCCGCUGCUUUACCGGGAAAAAAGGGAAUUUCACCGUGGGAACAACUGAAAGACUUGAUUCUAGAGCUUGAGUACCACCUGGUUGGUUUAUCCAAUCGGCCAUCCUUGAUAGUUGCAAAUAAGAUUGACGAGGAAGGUGCAGAGGAAGUAUAUGAAGAGUUAAAGAGAAGGAUCCAGGGUGUUCCUAUCUUUGCUGUUAGUGCUAUUUUGGAGGAAGGGAUACCAGAGCUUAAAGCUGGCCUUAGAAUGCUUGUCAAUGGUGAAACUUCAUGCACACUUUGCCUAGAUCAAAUUUUGCUUGAUUAGAUUAUCAUUAACCCUCUUGUAAGUACGAGUCAAGAUAAAACGGAAGAACUUAUUUGUAUGAUAUCUUGGAGGAGUUUUAAGUCUUCCUAUUUUGUUUUCUUCCUCUGUCCAUGGAGUUGAGUGUUUAACUUGGUUCUUAACCAAAAUGAACUCCCUAAAAGCAAUGAGCAUAACUUAAUCAAACCAUUUGGUA